CUUCCUUUUCUCAAACCCUGAACCCAUCACCUCCACUGACAUUUGUUUUCCCCCUCUUUUUUUGUUGAUAAUGAGUUCAGGUUCAGCCGGAACCUGCGGCGGCGGAGACGACGACGGUGGUGGAUCGUUUAAUGCAUUCUUCGAGGGUUGGAUGGUCCGCCAUGAGCAUUACCUGGAAGAGUUACUCUCAGUUCAACAGCGUAAUGAAUCACGAGAAGAUGAUCUCAAGGACCUUAUAAAACGAGCGCUCUCCCACUACCAACAGUACUUCGAGGAAAAAGCUCGUUUAGCUCAACGCAAUGUUUUCCUCGUUUUUUCUACGGCAUGGUUCACUUCCUUGGAGCGCGCCACUCUUUGGAUAUCGGGUUUCAAGCCCGGGUUCGCGUUGAGGCUCGUGUUUGACUCGGUUCGAGACCUGUCAUUAGAGCAGAGCGAGAGGUUGACUCUGCUGAUGGAGGAGACGAGGGUUGAAGAGAGGGUGCUUAAUGACGAGUUGGCUAGGAUUCAAGAGACCUUGGCGGCUCCUCCGUUGUUCGAGAUAGUUAGAAAACGAGUACGGAGGAUGGAUGCGGCGGAGGGUGGAGGAGAGGAGGCGGCUGGGCUGGCCACGUUGAGGAAGGCGUUGGAGGAAGUUGUGGUCGGAGCUGAUUUGUUAAGGAUGAGUACCACGUUGAAGGUGGCGGAGAUACUGAAACCGGAGCAGAAUGUGAGGUUUUUGACGGCGGCGACACGGUUAUUCCUUGAGCUCAGGAAUUUGGGGUUGCAAAGAGGUGGUAAGAAAGGGAAUGAAAUGGUUUUGAGAGGAAUAUAG